ACAAUAUGUCCCACCUCGUUGAAAAAUUCCCUAUUGAUCUCAACCAAUUCAAGAAGAUUAAACUAGACCCCGCCCAGUCUGAACUGACUGAAGAACAACGCUCGGCGCUCAAGGCGAACACCCAGCUCUUGCGCGAUGCGAUUGUGUACUUUACGGCUACCGGCGCAGCGCGAGGCGUGAGCGGACACACAGGCGGUGCUUACGAUACAGUGCCUGAAGUGUGCAUCCUGCUCGCCCUGUUUGAGGGUAAUAAAGAUGCUUAUGUUCCCAUUCUCUUCGAUGAAGCUGGCCAUCGUGUUGCCACGCAGUACCUCCUCGCUGCGAUGGAGGGAUCAAUUCCGGCAGAACACCUCUUGAAUUAUCGUGCAGCCAACUCCAAACUUCCUGGUCAUCCUGAACUAGGGCUUACCCCUGGAAUCAAGUUUUCUUCGGGCCGUCUCGGUCACAUCUGGCCUCUGGUCAAUGGAGUCGCCAUGGCCCAUCGCGAUAAAACUGUGUUCUGCCUUGGAUCUGACGGGUCCCAGCAGGAAGGAAAUGAUGCUGAAGCUGCCCGCAUCGCUGUAGCUCAGCACCUGAAUGUCAAGCUCCUCAUUGACGACAAUGAUGUCACCAUCGCCGGCCAUCCUUCUCAGUACCUAAAGGGCUUCGACGUUGCCAAAACACUUGAAGGACAUGGCCUCAAGGUGGUCACUGUUGAUGGUGAAAACAUUGAUAGCUUGUGGGGAGGCGUCUCCUCGGUCCUCCAAUAUGAUGGACCUGCUGCAGUCGUGAUCAAACGUGUCAUGGCACCUGGAAUUCCUGACAUCGAAGGAAGCACUCAUGGACACGAUGUUAUACCCGUCAAUGCCGCUGUCAAGUACUUCGAGAGUCGGGGGCUUAAAUCAUUAACCGGACUCUAUGACGGUAUCAGGCCCGUUCCAAACCCAUACCUGUAUAUCGGGUCGACUAAAGAAGUUGGCGCCAAUCGAGUUUUGUUCGGUGAAGCCGUAAACAUGGUUCUUGAUACCAUGUCUAAAGAAGAAGCUGCGUCCAAGGUUAUGGUCAUCGAUUCCGAUCUCGAGGGCUCUACUGGUCUUAAAUCCAUCCAUCAAAAGCACCCCGAAGUCUUCGUCCCAUCUGGUAUCAUGGAACGAAGCAACUUCUCGGCCGCUGCUGGUUUCGGCUUUGCACCAGACAAAUUUGGCGUGUUCUCCACUUUCUCUGCGUUCCUCGAAAUGGUGCUCUCGGAAAUUACAAUGGCCCGCUUGAACAAUUGCAACGUGUUGUGUCACUUCUCUCAUUCUGGUGUUGAUGAGGCUGAUAAUACUUGCCACUUUGGAAUCAACAACAUGUUCGCCGAUAAUGGCUUGUCAGAUGUACAGUCCUUCUUGUACUUCCCUGCUGACCCUGCCCAGAUGGUUGCUAUCGUCAAGAGGGUAUUCUUUGAACGUGGGAUGCGAUUCGUCUUUUCGACCCGGGCCAAAGUACCCUGGAUCUUGAGGGAAGACGGGACCAGGUUCUUCGAAGGAGACUACGAAUUUGUUCCCGGAAAGGACGAGAUCAUCGUAGAAGGCAAGGCCGGAUAUGUUGUCUCCUUUGGCGAAAUGCUCUAUCGGUCCUGGGACGCCGUCUUGCGUUGUAGGCAGGAAGGCUUGGAUGUGGGCUUGGUCAAUAAACCAUCCCUCAACGUCGUAGAUGAACAGACCAUUAGGAAGAUUGGUUCCAGCCCAUUCGUACUCGUGGUUGAAUCCUUCAAUCAGAAGACUGGUCUGGGCUCCAAAUUUGGCACGUGGCUCUUAGAGCGGCAGCUUACUCCAAAAUAUGGAUAUAUGGGUACCACUAAAGAAGGCUGCGGGGGACUUUGGGAGCAAAUCCCUUAUCAGAAUCUGGACCCUCAAUCGAUCAUUUCCAAGAUCAAGCAACUCACACAAUAAGUGGUGUCAGACGUGUCAUGCUCAGGAACGUAGCGCUAUCUUUAACUGGAAGAUUACGAGAGCCAUCGUAGAGAAGUGGGAAGAAAUGAACAUGUACAGUAUUGUGAAAAAGUUGUGGUUCUGACUGCAAUCGCCUCGUC